AUGUCUGAAAUUCUGGAUUUUCCACCAGGGUCUGUCACAUCCGUCUGUGGACCAUGUUACUGCAUUAACUUGGUAGAAGUAAAGAUAAAAAAGAUUAAGUGUGAUGAAUGUCAAGGGUUGCUGCUAACCGAUAUGCUUGUUUCAGAUUCGGAGAGUGCAUCAAGCGGAAGUGAUAACGAAGAUGGACCCAGCGCUGAUUUAUUAACUACAUUAAAGUCGGGUGCCGAGUUGCUACAUAUCAUACGUGAGGGAAAAGUACUGCCGGAUAUUGAAUCGGACGACGACUUGCAAAGUGACGAUUAUAAUGACAUAGUUCAGAAUAGCUGGCCUGACCGGGAUGUGACCAAUUCGCCUCACAACAGCCGCUUCGAGCAAUUACAGAGGGACCAGAGCAGGAAUGAAGCCAAGAAUCUGAGAGCGAAUGCGCAAGAGAAACCAACUACUACAUCCUCUGCUAAUGUCAAAAAAAAUUGUGUUAAUGAUAAGCUAAAGGGUGGCGUCAGGGGGUCGGCACCUUCAGCAGGACCGGCAAGGACCAGUCUUUACAAGUCUCCGAUCGAUGCUAUGGACAACGAUAGUGAUAGCGAUGAGAUGCCGGCAUUAAUGGGUGAUAGUACCGAUGACUCUGACAGCGACGUGCCGAGCGACUUGCCAGAGCUGCUGGAUGAUAGUAGCUCCGAUGAAGCCGACAUAGUGAACAGGUUUAAUGCUAACGACAAGCCUGCAUACGCCCGGAGGACGACUCCCAUAGUUCCAGAUGUAGACAUCGACAGUGACGGUGGAGACUCUGACGGACCCCCCGGUCUUUUGUCGGGCUCUAGUUCAGACUCCAGCUAG